AUGUUUUUUAGCUCAUGGGUUUUCUUAUUUUCUUAUUUUCUUUUUCUUUUUUGAUGGAGCUUUUUUCCUGUUUGUUUUCAUUUAUUGAAUUGUUAAUCCUCAAUUUGCUAUGUUGUAUUGAUGGGUUUCUUCCUUCUAUACAUGUUAUGAUUUGUUCUUCUAUAAUGAUGGUAUUUAGCUCGUGGUUUUUCUUUUGAAACUAAUUACCAUUCUCAGUCUUUUGAACCCCGUCCGUUGCCAUCCUCAGUCACUAACAGAUGCAGAAUAGUGGAAGAAGUGUAUAUGAAAGUUCUUGUGGUUUGAAUGGAUUUGAAGGCCUGGAAGUGUUGUCUAGAUGAUACGAACUGUUGCUUUGUUUGCAUUGUCUACUUUGUGUAGUGUGACUUGCAUCCUAAUAUGGGCCACGUAUAAUCAAAAUCCUUCCUGUCCUCAGUGCAAGCAUCCGUUUCAGUUUCUCGGUGUUCAUCUAUCACCAGAUAGAAGUAUCCAUGAUUACAUGUUCGAGGGGAGUGUUUGUCCGCUCAUUAGAGCCACUUGGUUUGUGCCUCUACCAUUAGAGGCUCAGGAAGAAGCCUCCUACGAACAAGAAGCUAUCUAUCAGUAUGAAGAUGAGGAGGAUGACGAUCUGGAUGAUGAAGCUUACUUUGGCAGCUCCUCAAGCCUUCGUAUCGUUAACUGUAGGUGUUUUAUACCUCUUUAGUAUAUUUGUUUAUUCCUGGUGAGAUUUUUGUCUGUUGAUACUAGCACUCUUUCUAGCAUUCAAUCGCUGCAUGCUUGUGCCACAUGUACAAUGUUUGUGUGCAUGCAUACAGGUUGAUAUAUUCUGCUAGCAUCCAGAAACUGACUAUUGGAUUGAAAAACAUUUUCCCCAACUGAAGAUCUGUACUAUUUUUGACAGAUAUCACAAUGAUAUUGAUGUUCCUGUCUUACUGCAUAGUAGCAAUGAAGG